UCUCGCGAGUGCGUUGGUUCUGUGGAACUAGAACUCUGUUGCACGAGAGCUAUGUCGGCGCUGAGGAAAUUAAUUUCGGGCUCCAGCAAAGCCGGCGCGUGCGGGAGGCACAUUCUGGAGUUCGCGUCACACGACGAAGCUGCCCUGUGUAGGCAGGUACACGCGUCCCCCGCGCUGCAGAAGUCUCCGGACGCGGCGGCCAUGUCGCGGCAGCCGGGCAGGGCCGGCCUCCGGACUUCGCUGCCGCUGACCAAGCCCAUUGCGGACCGCUCCGCCGCCCCGCCUCCGGAGCGUCCGCAGAUACGCAUCGAUCCCAGCCUCCUAAAUCUGCAGGAGACGACCGGCCAGCAUUCGAGGAAUCGUCCCGAUAGAGCAAACAAUCAGUCCAAGGAUUAAAGGGAUAAAUGAACAACUUUUAUAGACCUCUAUGUGUAUACGUGUAUGUGACGUACACAGUAUAGUACAAAACCAAAGACCUACAGCACCACGGUCCCACUGAAGAAGAAUCUGGAGGAGACAAAGAUUAUGCUGCAUCCGAGCUGCUGUUGAUACCCGAAGACGUCUUCCUUCCUCCAUUGCUAUAACGAUAAAAACUAGCAGAAACCUAUAUCUGCCAUAGUAGAUUAUGUCUAUCAUUAGAGUUGUACAUAGAAAUAUGGCAUAGCCGGUUGAAGCUGUAUAAAUUUAUUACGGAAGUUGAAAUAGAUUGUAAACUUAUAGAUUUCAUAAAGACUACUGAAAUUUAUGUGUCGCCAAAGUAAUAAAC